AUGCCCUCGGCGGUGCCUGCGAACUGGUGCAGGUCUGCGACGUCAAGAUCGCCUCGGAACACGCGGUGCUCGGAGAACCCGAGAUUCGGGCCGGAUUCGGGCCUCCCCUUCUAG